AUGGCGAUGAUGAUGACUGGCCGUGUGCUGCUGGUGUGUGCCCUCUGCGUGCUGUGGUGCGUUGCCGGCGGUGUUUAUGCGAGGGACGUUGACACCAACGCACUGGGUGGCUGCAUGGCGUCGGGAGUGUUGGGUGAGAAUGGAUCCCACAUGCCUGACGGAUGUAAUAAAACUGCGAUUACGGUGCCUUUGCGGUCAGUACUGCCCAUUACUGCCGUCGAAGCCUCGGCUGGAACAGAUAAUACUGUUGCAACAACGAACAAUUCGAAUUCAAGUGAGACUUCCAACGCUGGUUCUUCUCCUGGUGGUGUUACUGGUUCUAGCUCUGCUGGUGGUACUUCUGGUCCUGCUGCUGUUCCAGGGGCUUCUGGUGCUGGUGAAGGCGGUGCAGGCGUUUCUGGUGAUGGUUCUACUGGAGAUCAGGGCACCGGUGGUCCUCCAGCUCCUGCUGCUGCUCCUCCUUCUCCCGCUUCUCCUUCUGGUGGUCCUUCCGUUCCUGCUGCUGCUCCUGGUGGUGAUUCUUCAGCUAGCGGCAGUGAUGGUGAAGCGGGGCCCUCAGGCACUAAUUCAUCUAGCACAACAGGAGACUCUCCAACAGGAGAUCAGACGCCUGCUGCUGCAGCGGCUCACAACUCCUCGCCACCCGAAGGACCGGAAGGAACGACAUCCGGCACUGGACACAAAGGACAGGAAAAAGAAGAGGAAGAAGAAGAGGAAGAAGAAAAUGAAAAGCAGCAGCAAAGUGAUGAGGCACAAGCCCAACAACAUCAACAGCAUGAACACCCCGCGGAAAAUGGCGAAGAAUCCGCGAAAGACAAAACUGCUCUUCGUACAAAUGCCACCGCAAAUACAGGCGAAAGUGACGGCAGCACCGCGGUCUCCCACACCGCCUCCCCUCUUUUGCUUCUUCCUCUUGUUGUUGUUGUGUGUGCUGCUGCUGCUGCGGUGGUGGCCGCGUGA